CACAAAACUGCUGAGCACGGAGGGAGCCCGCGAGCCAGCUCAACAGCUCACAGCCAGGAAGGCGGCUCAGCCAGCCAGGAGGUCUUCCGGCCCCUCCCUCCCCACGCACCAUGGACCUGCACCUCUUCGACUACGCGGAGCCUGGCAACUACUCCGACAUCACCUGGCCAUGUAACAGCAGCGACUGCAUCGUGGUGGACACGCUGCAGUGCCCCGCCAUGCCCAACAAGAGCGUCCUGCUCUACACACUGUCCUUCAUCUACAUCUUCAUCUUCGUGAUCGGCAUGAUCGCCAACUCCGUGGUGGUCUGGGUGAACAUCCAGGCCAAGACCACGGGCUACGACACACACUGCUACAUCCUGAACCUGGCCGUGGCUGACCUGUGGGUGGUCAUCACCAUCCCGGUCUGGGUGGUCAGCCUGGUGCAGCAUAACCAGUGGCCGAUGGGCGAGCUCACCUGCAAGGUCACGCACCUCAUCUUCUCCAUCAACCUCUUCGGCAGCAUCUUCUUCCUCACGUGCAUGAGCGUGGACCGCUACCUUUCCAUCACCUACUUCGCCAACACCUCCAGCUGCCGGAAGAAAACGGUGCGCCGCGUGGUCUGUGUGCUUGUGUGGCUGCUGGCCUUCUGUGUGUCGCUGCCGGACACCUACUACCUGAAGACCGUCACCUCCGCCUCGAACAACGAGACCUACUGCCGCUCCUUCUACCCAGAGCACAGCAUCAAGGAAUGGCUCAUCGGCAUGGAGCUCGUCUCCGUGGUCCUGGGCUUCGCCAUCCCUUUCUCCGUCAUCGCCGUCUUCUACUUCCUGCUCGCCAGAGCCAUCUCGGCGUCUGGCGACCAGGAGAAGCACAGUAGCCGGAAGAUCAUCUUCUCCUACGUGGUGGUGUUCCUGGUGUGCUGGCUCCCGUACCACGUGGUGGUGCUGCUGGACGUCUUCUCCAUCCUGCACUACAUCCCCUUCACCUGCCAGCUGGAGAACGCGCUCUUCACCGCACUGCACGUCACGCAGUGCCUGUCGCUCGUGCACUGCUGCGUCAACCCAGUGCUCUACAGCUUCAUCAACCGCAACUACAGGUACGAGCUGAUGAAGGCCUUCAUCUUCAAGUACUCGGCCAAAACCGGCCUCACCAAACUCAUCGAUGCCUCCAGGGUGUCAGAGACCGAGUACUCAGCGCUGGAGCAGAACACCAAGUGACACCGCCCCGCAGAGGCCCGGGGACAUGUGAACUCCCGGGGUGCAGGAAACUGGGGGUGCGUGGAUGCGUGGGGGACGCGUUGAGGAAAUGGGCCCCCCCUGCUUCCCUCCCGUCUGCCUCACACUGACCAGGGUGGCGGCCACUCUGCUGUGCACGCCAGUAGCGCAGCAGCAGGCCGGAGUGUGGAUCAGAGUCAGCUCAGGACAGACGCACCGGGACACCUGUACCAUAGAACCUUUCGUGUCCUGAAUUGUUCUUAUAAUAUGGCGGUUUGUAUUUAAGUUUUAAGACUUUUAUUUUCUCACUAUUGCUAAACCUUCCAAACGUAUUUGAAAGGUUAAAUAUAUUUUAAAAGUUGUACGGGAGGGGUCGUGUUGGCUUACUCAGAUUGUUAGAGUUUGAAGAUUAGUUUGACUUUGGUUUUGACUAAGGAUGCAGUAAUUGUUAGCUGACAUGAGAUUAUAUAUAUAUAAAUAUAAAUAUAUAAAUAUAUAUAUAUAUAUAUAUAAAUAUAUGCCAGUCUUGGCUGAAGUGUUUUAUUUACAAUAGUUUUAUAUCUGUGUGGUGUUUUGUACCGGCACAGGAUACAGAACAAAAACUGCUCUGUAGCGCAGUUUGUGACAUUAGUAGUGUUGUAAAGUGACAUUUAAAAUGGAACAAGAAGAACAGAGUGUUCUCUCAGUUUGUAAGUUAUUUUUUUAAAUAAAGAUGUUUGUUUCCUAAA